CCAGUCCCCUACUCAAGCCAGCCAGCGCAGCGAAGGGACCGAACCGCGACUCGACGGCUGGAAUUGGACCGCGCGCUCGCGCAUCUACUUCUCAGCCGGCGCAAACUACCAGCCGCAAUGGUCAAGAUCAGCGUGCUCCGGGACUGCCUGAACGGCAUCGUCAAUGCGGAGAAGCGCGGGAAGCGCCAGGUACUCGUCAGGCCCAACUCGAAAGUGAUAAUCAAGUUCCUGCAGGUGAUGCAGAAGAAGGGCUACAUCGGCGACCUCGAGAUCAUCGACGACCACCGCGCUGGCAAGGUGGUCGUGGAUCUCAUCGGCAGGAUCAACAAGUGCGGCGUGAUCUCGCCCCGCUUCGACGUGGCGCUGGGCGGCAUCGAGCAGAUUGCGAGCGACCUCCUGCCGUCGCGCCAGUUCGGCCACGUCGUGCUGACCACGCCCUACGGCAUUAUGGACCAGGAGGAGGCCCGCAGGAAGCACACCGGCGGCAAGAUCCUCGGCUUCUUCUUCUGA